AUGAUGCAGGGGAAUGAUUCAGCCAAAUCAUUUCUUGAAAAGCUUAAAUACGGUGGGUCCAAUACCGCAUUUAUUGAUAAUUCCGCACCACCGGAUGCGGAUGGAAUUAUUGUGCGCCGGCUUGAAAGACAAUAUGCGAGUGAGCCAUUGUCGGUGUUGGGGAUAAAAAUUAGUGAUGAUGGGGAGGUUUUGUCGACAGAAAGUGGCUCUCCAGCCGCAAAAGCCAACAUAUUGCCCCACUACAUGAUUAUUUAUGUGAAUAAUCAGUUUGUUGGCUGUCGCGCUGAUUUUGAGGAUAUUGCGGCUCAACACCUUACAUUAAUAAUUAAGCUUCAGACAACCAGCGCCAUGUCUGAGUUGAUGGCAAAAAUUUUGGAUGAUGAAGAAAAGGCAGAGACUGAAAACGGAAAGCCAAGCACAGACAUCAAUGAACUUCUCCGUACGACCCCGAGAUAUGGUUUCCUGUCGGCGGAGCAUCCAAUGUUUCUUAGGUGGAACCACCGGAUUCAAACACAAAGGGAGGCGAGACAACUUCUUCGUCAGGCCACACGAGAGGCAGAGGAACAGUUAGCGAAAGAGGCCUUUGAAAAAAUACGACGGGAGUUGGAGGCAGAGGAGGCGAAACAACGUGAAUCGCAACAAGUGGCACAACCCGCUGUGAAUCCAGUUCCGGUUCCCGCACCGAAGCCGACGGAGGAAUUUCUUUUAAAACACGUUCAGGAUGAAAGUUCGUUUGGUCGGGUGGAGGAAUUCACUGAGAAGAUGGAUGAGGUCCAGGAAGAAGCCUCAGCUGAGGAGUUGUUGAAGCUCAUUGGGGCUCAACCGAAUGAAGAAAAGGCGCCUGUAAAUAUAGUUCCUGAAAACGAUGGUGAGGUGCGCUUUUUCAUCAUUCCAACGGAGGAAUAUAAACUUUCCAAUGGAAUGAUUGCAACGAUCAGUGUAAAGAAGAGGAGCGGUCCUUUCCCUAAACCACCCCCGGGGAAACCUCCAAAGGGACUUCGAGGGCUCGCAGUUAAUAAACCAAACGGUGCUGUAACUUCAAUGAAAAGAUUUGAAAGUGAUGUGGUUUGCUCUUUUUGUUAUUUGCGUGGUCAUAACGUAGAUGAAUGUGCAGAGAAAAAAGAACAAGAAAGAAGGCUCGCAUUUGUUCCUAAAGAACGUCAAAUAUGUCGUGAUUAUUUGAGGGGUCGAUGUUUGCGAUCCGAUUGCAUGAUGCGACACGUUUCAAAGCAUAGUCAAGGGCGAAUUUCCCCACCUCGAAAAAGAGACCGUGAAAGGCGCCAUAGAAGCCGAAGCAGACAUCACCGUGGAGGAAGCCGAAGACGGCAUCACGAUGGCCGGCGCAGAGGUCAUAGAAGUCGUGGUGUCUCUACUGAGCGUCACCGUCGUCGAAGGUGA